GAAAAUGUUUCCAAAGAAUUGGCAUCACAUGUGAGUCAAACUUUAUCUCUUAAGUUUAACACAUGAGUGGUGAAGGACGACUUUAAAGAGAAGCAGGGAACAGAUUUGCUCUUUAAUCUUGCCCCGGUGUCUGUGCCUUUGACUGGAUCCGAUACGGUCAGACGUGAAAGCGUUAAACGUGUACUGUAAUUAUAGUGGCCCAUUCCGACGUCUGCCUCGUCCAAUACGGAGCUGCUAUAAGCCACGUCCAUCCCCUUCUAUUGCGCACACACGCACGAGCAUGCCACACGCGCGCACGAAAGAAACACCUCCCCGCCAGCUUCCACUCUGGAAGAAAUCAAACAGCGAGCCUUCCGCCGCUCACACACCACCGCGCCGCACGAGUAGAACAACAGAGGACACGGAGAAGAGAGACAUAGAGCACAAGAGAGCUAGAGAGAGGGAGAGAAAGAGGGAGAGAGGGUGAAGGAUCGAGAGAGAGAGAGAGAGAGAGAGAGAGAGAGGAGAGAGAGAGAGAGAGAGAGAGAGAGAGAGAGAGAGAGAGAGAGAGAGAGAGAGAGGGAGAGAGGGUGAAGGAGCGAGAGAAAGAGAGAGAGAGAAAGGAAGAGACAUAUUUAUCGCCGUCUCCUCUCUUCAGUUCUCCAUAACAAGAGAGUUGUUUGUUUUCAAUUUGCCUACGACGAGUCGGCAAAGUUACAUCUCUCCAUUUCUAGACAUUAUCUGGCUCGAUUUGGACACAGAGCAGGCUUAUACACAAAGCCCACUUUUUUGUACGGCUAGUGAUGUCAAGGAGAUGCGUUUCUGGUUCCAUUCAUCGGUGAAGGCUUUUUACGCGCGGCUCUGAGAUGGAUCACAGGCGCGCAAGAGACAGUUGGGCUCCAGUCACGGGGAUGGUGGUGUGUUUGCUGCUGUGUGCCUGUGUGGUGGACCUGGUUCUGGCGCAAAUACGCUACUCUAUUCCGGAGGAGUUGGACCAUGGGGCUUUUGUGGGGAACAUCGCGGAGGACCUGGGAUUGGACGUGGCCAAGCUAUCGGCGCGUCGGUUCCGUAUAGUCUCGGGCGCUAAGAAGCAAUAUUUAGAAGUGAACUUGGAAAACGGCAUUUUAUUUGUCAACGAAAAAAUAGACCGCGAGGAUCUUUGCGAACGCAGCCCGAGCUGUUUUCUUCAUCUACAAGUGGUGAUUGAAAAUCCACUAGAACUCUAUAGGGUGGAAGUAGAGAUUUUAGAUGUAAAUGACAACUCCCCGAGUUUUCCGUGGAGUGAGUUUAACAUCGACAUCACCGAGUCCCGCUGCGCCCGGUUCCGGUUCCCGUUAGAGAGCGCGCAGGACCUGGACGUGGGCACCAAUUCUCUCCGCACAUACCAGCUCAGUGCCAACCAGCACUUCGUGCUGAACAUCCAAACGCGUAACGACGGGAGCAAGUUUGCAGAGCUCGUGCUGGACGUCCCGCUGGACCGGGAGCAGCAGAAGACGCACGAGAUGGUGCUGACAGCCUUGGACGGAGGCUCGCCCGAACGCUCCGGGACAGCCAGAAUAACCAUCACCGUAUUAGACGCCAAUGAUAACGUGCCUGUAUUCGAUCGGCCGAUGUAUACGAUCAACAUGACAGAAAAUACACCCAUUGGUACCCGGGUGAUUAAAUUAAACGCAACGGAUCUCGACGAAGGUGCGAAUGCGGACAUAAUCUACUCCUUUACCCUGUACACGUCGGAGAAAACACAAGAUGUAUUUUCAUUGAACCCGAGCACCGGGGAGGUAACGGUGAGGGGAACUAUUGAUUAUGAGGACAUGAAGUUCUAUGAGAUGCACGUUGAGGCCAAAGACAAGGGCCUGCAUCCGUUACAGGGGCAGUGUCGAGUGGUCGUCCAUGUGACAGAUAUGAAUGACAAUCAUCCGGUGAUCACCAUGCAGUCGGUUAAGAGCACGGUCAGUGAGAAUACACCAGUAGGCACAGUAAUAGCCCUUGUGGGAAUAAGCGACAAAGACACGGGAGAUAAUGGCAAAGUAAGCCUAGCUAUCCGUCAACCGCAUCAUCCUUUUAUUCUCAAUAUGUCAUCAGAAAGCCCCUACCAUUACGAGCUCAUAGUAUCAGAACCUUUAGACCGCGAACGUCUCGCCGAAUAUGACGUCACGUUAAUUGUAACGGAUUCUGGGUCGCCCGCAUUAUCCGAUAAUGAAACGAUAUCAGUUCAUUUACUCGAUAUCAAUGACAACGAGCCACAGUUCCCCCAGUCGUUUUACACUAUACGAGUAAUGGAGAAUAAUGCACCUGGAUCGUUGUUGAGUUCCCUCACUGCAGUUGACCCAGACCUCCAUGAAAACCAGUAUCUAGUGUAUUUUAUCAUAGAGAGGGAGAUAGCCAACACCUCCAUGUCCAUGCUGUUCUCCAUUAGCCCAGAGAAUGGUAAACUCUUUGCUCUGAAGACGUUUGACUAUGAGAUUGAGAAGGAGUUUCUUUUCCACAUUGAGGCCAGAGACUCUGGUGUUCCUCCACUCAGCAGUAAUGUGACUGUCCACAUCAUUAUUGUCGACCAGAAUGACAACACUCCAGUCAUAGUGUCCCCAUGGCGCGCUCACGGCUCAGUUGUGGAGGAGAAGAUCCCCAGAUCCACCGACAAAGGCUCUCUGGUUUCCAAGGUGAUUGCUAUCGACGGCGACUCUGUGUUGAACUCAAGGAUUACCUACCAGUUUCUACAGGUGACGGACGCCACCUUGUUCAGUCUGGACCAGUACAACGGAGAGAUCCGGACCAUGAGAAUGUUCAGUUACAGAGACCCCCGUCUCCAACGGCUUGUUGUGGUUGCCAAGGACAACGGAGAGCCCGCUCUCUCUGCUACCGUUACCAUCAAGCUGUCCACAGUGGAGACCGCGGUCAAGGCCUACUCAGACAUGAGCGAAGUGCCCCUAGAGUACGACAUCUUUUCAGACUUAAAUCUGUAUCUGGUCAUCGGCCUGGGCUCGGUGUCCUUCCUCUUGUUGAUCACCAUAUUGGUCACCAUCGUUCUCAAGUGUCAGAAACCCAAGUCCAGCAAAGCUGCUCCUCCCUGCAGGAACAGUGUGGUCAGUGAGAGGAACUCUUUUGCAGAUUCCACUCUGGUGUCCAACGAUGCCUACUGGUACAGCAUGUUUCUAGCGGAGACCAGGAAAGGGAAGCUGGUGGUUAGACAGCCAGCGCCAAAGGGCUCCAGGUACAUAGUGUCCAGUUUACCACGGAGCACUGGCCUCACAGAGACGAGCGGCUCAGCACCCUCCACGCUGCAGUGUGACUUUGAAAUCAAGUGA